GAUACUUUCAAGAGAUUAAUGGAUCACCUCUUCCAAGUCUGGAUCCAGCCAAGAAACAAUUUGAUGUUAUUCUCCCAAAUUGCGCAGAAGAACGCCGGCCGGUGCUAAAAUGGCGAUCCCGUCGUUCGUUUCACAGCCAAAUUCGAUACGGGCCACUGUUCCUGUCGUCGUCGCGGCUUCCAGAGCUAGUUUCAGUGAUCUCUGAGGAUGUCGAAUUCAUUUUAACGCUGCUGGGAUUUGGUGUCCUGUUCCUACUCCUUAAGCUGUAUGGUAGCUUCUUUUCUUGUGCGCUGGAGGCUCAUUCUCAUUCCUUCAAUUUUGCAACAAUUGAAGGAACGCUGUGGGGUUUGGUUCGUUGCCUGCUUGUUUAGGGUGUUCUAAUUUUUUAAUAAUUGUAUUUCCAUGGUUUUGAUCAGUUUCUGCUCACUUCAUUGUUAUUGGAAUGGGCCUUUAUUUUUCAUGAAUGUUGUGUUUGUAGACUUGUAGUAAUCUUUUCCUGUUGGAGAGGAAUUUGGCUUAGAAGAAUUUGCCUUUGUGAAAUGCUAAUUCUCAUUUCUCAGCUUGAAAGUGGGAAAAUAAUUCAUGGAGUUGUGUAAUCAUUUCGACGCUAAGUUUUUCCUUGUAAUCUCUUUUCCGCUUCUAUAAUGGAAUCAUUGCAAAUUGGUCACUCUUUCUUGCUUGUGCAUGUGUGUUUAAUUUGAUUUUGAAAUGUAAAUCUUGUGUUUCUUUUCUUUACAUUUGUGUUGUGGAUCCAUUUUAGCUUGAUAUCCCCCCACACGCCCACCCCACAUAAAUAUUGCAUCAACUCUUCCUUUGGGUUGAUGAUUUGCUUUUCGUUAUGUUAUUUAUUUUGAGAAACCUCUGAAAGUUCUAUGAGAGUCCAGAUUUCUGUACUUAAUUGGUUUAACAGAUAAAUAAACCUAAAGGGAAAAGGAAACUUGAGAGAAGAAAUUAUUGGAUUUCAGUUUCAUUUCCAUCCUUUAUGACUAAUAUUUUAAAGUUUAGUUUCGGACCAUUUUAAUCAUUUUAUUUUUCAGUCCGAAAGUCUUUGCUGCUGAGGAUCUUUUGAAGGUGUGAAUACCUGUUGCGCCAGUGAUUUUAUCAGUCUAUAUUAGAAAAGAUGCAAAACUAUAAGUGGCUAAUUAAUGUCCUGUGAAACAAAAUUCAGUGGAGUUCUCUAAACAGCAAGAUGAGUGUUUUCUCAGUUCACAUUUUUAUGCAUUUACUUAUGUGGUUAAAUGUAUUACAGUUUUUGCCUAAUCCUUACUUUUCCUAGUUUUUGUGCAAGAGCUAUAAACUCUCAUUUGAACGUACGUCUUGAGUUCCUGCUUGCUAUCCUUGUUUUUGUUCUUUGCUUGGCCAAGCAUUAUGUGAAAAUUGUGAAUAGCGAUUCCAUAUUUGGUACCAAGCAGGAAAUCGUUGACAUGCUGUAGUUGCAUGAAAACUUUCCAGUAUGCAAUAGAUUGUUAUUAGUAUGAUUGUUGGGAUAAUUAUGGUGGAGUAACAUAAAACAAAAUUAAGGUUAACAAUGUCUUUUUCAUUGAUGUUAAUAGACGAGAGUUCAGAUAAGGAUGCCCUUUUGGAAAGCAUCAAUGUCAUUAGAAAGUGUUAUUGAAAGAUUAGACCUUUUUUGAAGGAUUUAUACGAAUAAAAUAUAAGGCGAAGGAUGUCCUUUUUGAAGAUUUGUCGUAAAAUGUUGUUGAUCCAUGAAAUCUGUAUGAAAUCUUUAGUAAAUGACAACAUAAAUGAUAGAUCACAGUGAAUCUCAGAAUACUCUGCACAGAUAUAUUGCUGUCGCAGAUUUGUUUCCUGAGGUUAUCUUAUUAAUCCAAUGUAAAGCACAAAAUUACGUUCUGUUUACUUAGUAAAUAUGCGCGAAACCAGACGAUUUCCAGAAAAAAGUUAUCAGAAACGCAGAAACUGACUUAGCUUUCAAAAUUCACAUGCAAACACAUAGUCACAAUCUUACAGACAAAACCAGACUAUUCCCAACACUGACACACUGCAUCCACGUGUAAGAUUUACUUGGCGACAUUUACAAAGAAAAUAGAAGAUUGUAGUGCUCUGCAAAGAAACUGUGUAAUUACUCUACAUUUAUAACAUUUAACCAAUGCUCCUAAUCCCAACUUUAAUAUCUACGACCACUGUACAUCACACAAAUGCACCUAACGUUUGGUGAAAGCCUUCAAAGCAUUUCAGAGUGCUUAUAUAUUUUACACUCAUUUCACAUCCGCACACAGAUUCGCCUCCACCAGAUGAUAUCAUAUUCAUAUCCUUCACGCUCAAUGUAGUCUACCCUUAGUUCACAACCCUCACUGGUAAAUAGAAUCGCAAGAAAGCUCCUUUAUACAAAGCAAUAAACACCGAAGCACACUGCUUAGAAAGAAAAGAAAACCUAAAGAUAUGAAGAAGAUACAGUUCAUGCGGAAUCUUUUUGGUUACAUGUCGGAUGAGGAGGAGUAUAAAGGCAAUGGGGAUUCAAACUAUCAGGAUGAAGGUGAUGCUGAAGUUAGCAGAAGUGUGCUGAAGGUUAUCCACCAAUAUAAUCUUAGAAGCUCAAGACUCUCUGAUGACGAGAAGGAAAAUGAUUUAGGUUUCUCUUCUGCUGCAAUAGUUCCAGACGUUCAGGGAGAUUCUGAUGAUCAUGAACAAGGGGAGUAUGCAGUUUGCCCUGGAAGUAGAGAGAAAAAUGUUAGUAAGAAUAAAGAGGAUGAGGGUGAAGGCGAUGCAGAAGAAGUUAAUGCAGUUAGUAGAGGAGGUCUGCUGAAGGCCACCUGUCAGAAUAAUCUCAGAAGCAGAUCAUCUCAUGAGGAGAAGGAAGAACCCUUAGCUGAGUCCACUGCUGUGGUGCUCCAGGAUGUUUUUGGAGAUUCAGAUGAUGAUAAACAAGAGUAUAAAUUUGCCUCUGAAAUUAGUGAGGAAAGUAAUAGGUGUGAAAAAGUUGACGGUAAAGAGAGUGGAGAAGAAUUCACUGAAAUUGAACUAGUCGGAAAUGCAUUGUCCGCAGUAGUGUAUGAAAUUCCUCUGCGCCCUCCUCCAGCUCAUUCGGAUCAGAUGGCACUUGUCAAAUUAUCCAGCUUAAUUGGUAUUGAUCCUAAACCAUUUGAUCCUGAAACAUAUGUUGAAGACGAAUUUUAUGUAAUUGAUGAGUCGGGAUGCAAGAGGGUUAUACCCUUUACAAACAUAAUUCGCUGGAGGGUAGUCAAGAAUCCUGAUGGAACUUCUUCAGUUGAAAGCAAUGCAAGAUUCGUGACAUGGUCAGAUGGGAGCAAACAAUUGUUUAUUGGAAAUUCAGCCUUUGAUGUGUCUGAGGAUGAUGUAAACGAGAUCCAAGCCCAUCUUUUCCUUCUGCAUGGGAAGGGAAUCUACCAAGGACAGGGAAAAAUCUCCAGGACGAUGACUUUUGCGCAAUCUUCUCAAUCUUCUGAUACUCACCACCAUGGAACUGCCCGAGCCAAUUCAAGGCAUAGAAAAGUAGGAAAAGUUCAAGAAUACAUCACUAAUGUUGAUCCUGAAAGGAAGCUGUGGGAGAUAAAGGAAGCAAAGAAAAAAAUCAAACUUAAAAAACAAAAUGGGGGCAAAAACAAUGUGCUUGGUUUGCGUAUUCCAAAGGGCCGAAGAAGCCAAAGGAUCAUCUGCUGACUUAUGAUUUCCAAAGGAAGCCAUAAAUAUAAGGGAUAAAAAGUUUCUCUCGUCGCACAAAAUCUUCAGAGAUGGUUAAGUUGAGGUAGAACUUAGGAAUGAAGGAAAGGGAGCUGUGAAUGUUGGGAAUUCAAAGCUGAGGUUAGUUAUAAUUCCUUUGUCGAACUCUUUUAUAAUCCUUUAUUCUGGAACAAAGUACAAUUGUGUUAUGUUUUCCUUGAAGAAUUCUAUGUUUUUGGGAGAAAAGGUUCGAACCUUUUCUAUGUUAAAUUUACAAUCUGCAUUUCAAUAUGUUUUCUA